AUGUCAGGUUGUUUUGUGGGACUUUUCAUGGGAUUAUACGUGGGAUGGACAUCUCCGAUGGUGACAAUUUUCUCAUCCAAAGAAGAAACUCCACUUCCCAGUGGUCCGAUGACACAGACUGAGAUUUCUUUGAUGUCCUCUCUGCUGUAUAUUGGUGCCAUAAUUGGGGCAUUUCUCAGUGGAUGGCUGGCAAAUCGAAUUGGGAGAAAAUGGGGAAUUUUCAUCUCAAUGGUACCGCAAAUUUUUGCAAAUGUUCUCAUUAUUGUUGCCGAAGAACCUAUUCUACUGUUGCUUGCCAGAACUGUUAAUGGUUUCGUUGUUGGUGUUGCAAAUGUGGUCUUACCUAUUUUUCUCUCGGAGAUUUCGGAGGACAGCCUAAAAACAACUAUUGGAUUGUUCUCUGGAAUCAUCUUCAAUAUUGGUAUUUUCCUUGGAAAAUUCCUGACGGGAUUCUUUGGGAUCUAUGCAGUUCCGAUUUUUACUUUUCCUCUAACCGUAAUCUUCAUUGGAGCUUUUUUCAUUUGCCCCGAUACUCCGGAAUAUCUUUUACUGCGUAACCGACUCCAGGAUGCUGAGAAAUCCCUAAAAUUCUACAGAGGAAUACCUAAAUAUCAACCUAUGCCCGAAACAUGUGCCAUGGAGUUUGAGGAGAUGAAGGCUGUUGUCAAUAUUAAGGGUAGAGGAAGUCAAGUUACAAUUGAGGACUUUAAACAAGGAGCAACAAUCCUUGCAGUUAUCAUCAGUGCUGUUCUAACCAGCACAAUGAAUUUUACCGGCGUUAGGAUUACGACGUCAUUUACGGAGGCUCUGCUAAUUGAUUCUGGUAUCCCGAUGGACACUUCAUUGGUGGAUAUGGCCAUUUCAUCAAUGCAACUUAUUGGAACACUUUCCUCCAUCUACAUAAUGCGAAAGAUUGGUGUUCGAAAGUCAAUCCUUAUCUACUACACUCUAGGUGCUGUAGCUCUUAUAGGUGCAAGCAUUCACUACUACCUACAUGAUCUAGGACUAGAUCUUUACCCCGCAAUGUGGUCCUUCCUCACUUUCCUUGCCAUCUCCGUGGUAAUCCCCUCAACGGGACUCAAUAAUCUCAGCUAUAUUAAUUAG